GCAGCGCUUUGGGUGCGCAUGCGCUAGGAGCUGGGGCAAAGUGUAGCUCCUGAGACUCCGCCCCUCGCAACGCUCUGUGGAUUGGCCCCUUCUGGACCCACUGGGUUACUGUAAGGGAUGGCUUCGGACUCGGAAGACCGCAAGACUCUCUGCACGCUGGAGUUUGCGGUGCAGAUGACUUGUCAGAGCUGUGUGGAGGCGGUGCGCAAGUCCCUGCAAGGGGUGGCAGGUGUCCAGGGCGUGGAGGUGCAGUUGGAGAACCAGAUGGUCUUAGUACAGACCACUCUGCCCAGUCAGGAAGUACAGGCCCACCUGGAAGGCACAGGGCGACAGGCAGUACUCAAGGGCAUGGGCAGUGGCCAAUUGCAGAAUCUGGGGGCAGCAGUGGCAAUUCUGGAGGGGCCUGGCACUGUACAGGGGGUGGUACGCUUCUUACAACUGUCUCCUGAGCGCUGCCUCAUCGAGGGAACCAUUGACGGCCUGGAGCCUGGGCUGCAUGGACUCCACGUCCAUCAGUACGGGGACCUCACAGAGAACUGCACCAGCUGUGGUGACCACUUUAACCCAGAUGGAACAUCUCACGGGGGCCCCCAGGACUCUGUCCGGCACCGUGGGGACCUAGGCAAUGUCCACGCUGAUGCUGACGGCCGAGCCAUCUUCAGGAUAGAGGAUGGGCAGCUGAAGGUAUGGGAUGUGAUUGGCCGCAGCCUGGUUAUUGAUGAGGGAGAAGAUGACCUGGGCCGAGGUGGCCAUCCCUUAUCCAAGAUCACAGGGAACUCUGGGGAGAGGUUGGCCUGUGGUAUCAUUGCACGUUCCGCUGGCCUUUUCCAGAACCCCAAGAAAAUCUGCUCCUGUGACGGCCUCACCAUCUGGGAGGAGCGAGACCGGCCCAUUGCUGGUGAGGGCAGAAAGGAGUCAGGCCAGAGGACUGCUCACCUCUGAGCAUGGACUUACCUUGGGUCUGUUCCUUCCUCUCAGCUGAGCACACACCUCCCACUUCUAGAGGGGGCCUUGCUUGCCUAGGCCUAUGAGAACUAGGUACAGGGUUUGUAGGGGAUGCCAUGACAUUCCCUUGGUAAAUUAAAGUUAUUUUCAUAAGGAA